GUAAAGGGAUAUCCAAUUCUACUGAACGUAUCGCAUUCCCACAGCGGAUCCCUUUCCCCUUUACGCCUAUGCUAUCUUAGUGGCAAACUACUUGGCGCAACAGAUUUAAAACCUAAUAGGCUAUAGGCUACUUUAAGUGACGUUAGUAGCAUCGAGGAUGUGCCUGUCGGCGAAGCCCACGUCUUUCGUCCUUGGAAGAAUGCCAGUGUCGAUGGGUCUUCGAUCUGGCCUGGGGAUCUUGAUUAAUAAGCAGCUGAUGUGGUCUCUCCAAGGCUGUUGAUGUUGAGUAUUUUGAGGCGCUACCGAAUUGGGACGAGAAUCCCUCGGCUCGCCUCUGUAGCGCCCCCCUGUAGACCAAAAACUUUCCUCUCUCGAAGUGAUUUCCUCCCCUGUUUUUACUUCCUGUUUUCUACGGGAGUCACUUAGCUCAGCGCCUUUCAUUUCAACUUUUUUCUCUUUACGCGUGUCGCUACAAGAAGUUUCUCCUGGAUUUUAUAAUAUAAUUUAUCUCGUGAUUUGGAGUCGUUCGAUUGCGCGCUCUGGGCGCAGGCUACAUUCUUUGGAUUUUAAGAAGACAUGCUAGGCACGAGUUUACGAUCGGUCCCGAUGGAUUUCACAUAGAUGUUGUCUUGUUUGCUGGACUGUCCACUCAACUUAUUAAUGUUUUUGCCCGUUCUCGUGGUGUGCUCUCUUUACCCUCUUAGCUACCAGGCAAGUCGAUUGCCACGGCUACUUCUCAUGGGUAUUAAUGAGGAUCGCACAACAUAGCGUCGGCUACCAUUGGUUAUAACGACCCAUUUUGUGAUUAACUGUCGUCGACGAGAUGUUUCGUUUAUAAAUUGAUGUCUCUUUGAAGGUUACAAUGGCUGAACUUCAGCGGCCGACGCUGUGCUGUUGUCGGAAAGUGCUGACGGUGCCCAGCAAGUCGUGUGAAGGCGGUCGGGCUCUGGGACAAUGUCGCCUGGUGGACAUAGCCUCGGCCUCCAACUUCCACAGCUUCAAACUCAGACACUUUCAUCUCGACCUCCACCUCAACUUCGCCCUGAAGAGGAUGACGGGGUGGCAGGUCCUGGAACUGGUGCCUAUCCAGCCUGGCGUGCAAACGCUGGUUCUGGACACCCACCCGUCCCUACACAUCCAUUCCAUAGACUGCAAGGUACCCGGUGCCGCUGGUUCCCCGGAUAUCUUCCUCUCGCUCACAUACCGUGUGGACCCUUUCACGGACUACGGCUCCUCGCUCAAUAUUAGCCUACCGGCCACGGUCAUCCGGCCACACCGGGCUCUCCAGAUCACCAUCCGCUACACCACGACAGACGGCCCUGCGAUCUGGUGGCUGGACGCGGAGCUGACGUGUGGCCAGACGCGGCCGCUGGUCUUCACGCAGGGCCACUCGGUCUGCAACCGCUCCUUCUUCCCCUGCUUCGACACGCCCGCCGUCAAGAGCACCUACUCCGCAGCCGUACGGGUUCCGGAGGGGGUGACGGUGCUGAUGAGUGCGUCCCGCAGUGCCUACUCCAAAUCCGACCGGGUGUUUCAGUUCUCCAUGGAGUUCCCCGUGCCCGCCUACCUGGUGGCUCUGGUGGCGGGGGACCUGCAACACGCUGACAUCGGCCCCAGGAGUCGGGUGUGGGCCGAGCCCUGCAUCCUCCCGUGUGCGGUCAGCAAGCUGGGGGGCAGUGUGGAGCGCUGGUUGGCCGUGGCGGAGGGCCUCUUCGGCCCCUACGUCUGGGGAAGGUAUGACAUCGUGUUCCUCCCGCCCUCCUUCCCGAUCGUGGCGAUGGAGAACCCCUGCCUGACCUUCAUCAUCUCCUCCAUCCUGGAGAGCCGCGAGUUCCUCCUCAUCGACGUCAUCCACGAGAUCGCCCACGGCUGGUUCGGCAACGCUGUCACCAACGCCACCUGGGAGGAGAUGUGGCUGAGCGAGGGCCUGGCCACCUACGCACAGAGACGCAUCACCACAGAGGCCUAUGGCGAGGCCUUCACGUGUCUGGAGACGGUGUUCCGUCUAGACGCGCUGCACAGACAGAUGCGACUCCUGGGAGACAACAGCCCCGUCAGCAAGCUGCAGGCCAAGUUCGAACCAGGCGUGAACCCCAGUAGUCUGAUGAAUCUCUUCACCUAUGAGAAGGGCUUCUGCUUCGUCUCCUACCUCUCGCAGCUCUGUGGAGACAUCAAGCGAUUUGACAGCUUCCUGAGAGCCUACAUAGAGAAGUUUAAGUUCAGUAGUGUGGUGGCUCAGGACCUGCUGGAUUUCUUCCUGGGCUUCUUCCCCGAGCUGAAGGAGAGCUGUGUCUCCCAGAGAGAGGGGCUGGAGUUUGAGCGCUGGCUAAACGAGUGCGGUCCUCCCCUGUUUGAGCCGGACCUGUCUGCUGGGGAGGUCCUAACGGGCCCCGUGCAGCGCCUGUGUGACCUCUGGGGCUCUCCCGACACCCCUGAAGCCCCCGACACAGCGGCCAUCGCGACCUUUGACCUCUCCUCCUGGAGCACCUUCCAGACCGUACUGUUCCUCGACCGGCUGCUGGACCGAUCGCCACUCCCCCACGAGGUGAUGUCUCAGCUAUCGCAGUGCUACUCCACGCUGCUGGAUGGCAUGAACGCUGAGGUGCGUAUCCGCUGGCUACAGAUCGUGGUCCGAAACAGCUUCUACCCAGACCUGCCAUGCGUACGCAGCUUCCUGCUCAAACACACAUCCCGCAUGUACACGGUGCCGCUGUAUGAGGACCUGUGUGGGGGGGUGAUGAAGUGCUUUGCCGUGGAGGUCUUCUACCAGACGCAGGCCCGCCUGCACCCCAACCUGCGCCGCACGCUACAGCAGAUCCUCUUCCAGACCAGCGGGGGCGCCACCUCCGCCUCCUCCACCGCCUUGCCGGCCCUCCCCUGCACCGCCGCCCCCGUACUACCCACCGACGGACCACCGCCCGUGCUGGCACCCCCCAUCCUGGCGCCGCCCACUACCAGCCCGCCCCCCGCGCCCACGGACCCACCCCCAAACGGGACCAUCGCCCUGCGCGACGUGAACGUGUCGGCGUGACCCCACGCCUGCCUCUCCCCCUCCUGCCCCCUGUUGUUGACCAACGCGGCGAGGGAUUGGUGGUGGAGUGGCGACUGGUGGUGCUGAUUCACUGUGAUUUAAGAGGCGGGCGGGCGGGAGAGAGCGGAGACGUCAUGCAUGCAGUCCUCGUCAUCUGGCGUCCUAGCGAUAAGGAUGUGCAAGAGGAGGAUGAAACGAAACAAACAAAAACAAAGCCCUGCAAGGGCUGAUGGGUAGCGGGAAGUGGAGGACGAGCCUGUAAAGUAAGGGCUUCUGGGAAAAAGAGGCUUUUUGCUGAGAAGCAAAAGCAGAAACAGGAGAGGAGGAGGAGGAGAAAAAUCUGGAAAGGACUUGAAAAAAAAAGACUCAUGCACCCUUGUAGUGCCUGGUUUAGACUGGAGGGACGCUGUGUACAGGGAGGGGUUGGGUAGGAGGGGUGUGAAUGUGUGUGUGUCUGUGUAUGGGUGGGGGGGUUGGAAUUUUUACAUGGGUCAGUGGACCAGCACUCACACUCUCGCUCGCAUACACAUUCACCAACACUGGGUUUUAUUUAUGUGUCAUAAGCUACACGUUUACGCUGCUCGUGGUGAAAAGACAACAAAAAAACUCCAUAAGAGU